AUGGCGGACUCAGAGGGGGCGCCGCCCCCACCGCCGCCACCCCCGGUCAGCGACCUCCAUGGUGCAUCCAUGUGGGCCUCCGCGGUCACAGGGGCAGAUGGCUACAUCUACGCCCUGCCCUGCAAUGCUUCUCGCAUUUUGCGCUUGGGACCGGAUGGUUCAUCCGAGCUCUUUGGCCCUGUUUUUGACGAGCAGACAUGGAAAUGGACUGUUGGAAUCCUCGGUCCCGAUGGCUGUGUCUGGGGAAUCCCCGGCAACGCCCAGCGCGUGCUUUGCAUUUAUCCCUCCGGGCGCGUGGAGUUCGUGGGCCCAAACUUCGACGGGACGCAGAAGUGGCAUUAUGCCGUGCUUGCAGGAGAUGGCUGCAUCUAUGCGCCGCCCUGCGAUGCUGGACAGGUCCUACGGAUCGACUGUGCCCGCCAGAGUAUCUCUCUGAUUGGGCCCAUCCUCGGCGGCGUCGGCAAAUACUGCGCUGCAGCAGUGGCCGCCGAUGGCAACGUCUAUUGUCCGCCCAACCACGCCCCCCACGUCCUCCGCGUGACAACGGCGACGAAGCAGGUGCACCACAUAGGACCCAACUUGUCCUUUGCUGGUGGGGGUGGCUACACAGCCGCCGCCACUGGCAGCGACGGCCAUGUUUACGCACCGCCUUUCAGCGCCAACCAAGCGCUGCGCAUUCUGGUGGGCACCGAGGCCUCAGUGGAGCAGUACGGACCAGUCUUUGCACCUCAAGCUCACAAGUGGCGGGUUGCCCAAGCCGCACCCGAUGGCUGCAUCUAUGCGCCACCGUGCAAUGCCAACAAGGUCAUGAAGUUUGACUGCCAGGAGGAGGGACUGAUCUCUUUGAUUGGCCCCGAGAUGCCUUGUGAGCCUCAACCGGAGGGCGUCGAGAAGUGGAGGACCUGCGUUUUGGCUGGGAACGAGUGCAUCUAUGCCCUUCCCUCCCAUGCAAAGCAAGUGCUUCGCAUCAAAACUGGAGAGGCCGCGCGGCAGAGCCCGACCAGCGCGGAGCUCGAGGCCGAGAAGAUGCGAAGAUACCUGGAAGAGGAAGCUCGCUUGGCCAAAGAGGUUGCCGCGGCUCCCCAGGAGGCGUCAGAUGCCGGUAGCCUUCAGGAGGACGAUGACGAGGAGGAGAACAGCGAGGCAGAGGAUGUCGAAGAGUGGCCGGAGGAGGAGUGCGAUGGUGUUUCACUGUGGGGACCCGUUUUCCAGCCAAAGCGAAUCGGCGGAGAGUACUUCUUUUUGGCUGGGAUGCCCUUGAUGUUUAUGGAUUUCGGAGCCCCCUUUGAAACUGGUUCGCUUGAUGGGAGUUAG